ACGGCGGCGGGGGGAACCGUCCUGCUCCUACUGGCAGGUAUUUCCAGCAUUCUGGCCUCAGACUGUUCCUACGUGGGCCUGAUGAACCAUCUAAACCUGAUAUUGUCCAAUAACUCCCUGGACCUGGUCCGGCCCGUCAAGGACUGGAGAACCACCACCUACGUCCAGCUGGACAUGCUGCUGUUUGGCAUUCUGGAAGUGGAUGAGAAGUUCCAGACCAUCACGAACCACAUCUGGCUGCAAAUGCUUUGGACGAAUGAGUUCCUGACCUGGAGACCGGCGGACUUCUGCGGGAUCGACAUGUUGACGGUGCCGAGGUCCAAGCUGUGGAUCCCGGACAUCGGCAUCCAGGAGGACACCUCGGACACCAGCAGCGUCCAGGACGGGAUGUUCGUCAGCAUCCACCACAACGGGACGGUGAUGGCGGGCCGGCGGCAGCGGCUUACCUUCACCUGCCAGCUCAACCUGAAGAUGUUCCCCUUCGACACGCAGCACUGCUCCAUCACCUUCAUGUCCCACAGCUCCACCGCCGACGCCGUGGAGCUGGGAACCGUGGUGAACGACACGACGCUGAACCGGCUGUCGGAGCGGAUCAUGAUCACCCAGGGCGAGUGGAAGCUGACCAGCGUUAGGACCGAAGCCAUGCUGCACCACGACCUGUUCUCCAACGUCAGCAAGCUGGCCUACAAGGUGACCUUCGAGAGAAAGCCCAUGCUGUACGUCAUCAACUUCAUCGUUCCGCUGUUCUACCUGCUGGUUCUGGACCUGACCUCCUUCUUCAUCAGCGAGUCCCGAGGAGAGAAGAUGAGCUUCAAGGUGACCAUCCUGCUGUCCAUCUCCGUCCUCCUGCUCAUCCUGCAGGACAUGCUGCCGUCCACCGAGGACAACCUGCCCAUGAUCGCCAUCUACUGCGUGGCGAUCUUCGCCCUGGUGGGGAUCAGUGUUCUGGAGGCCAUGCUGGUGACGUUCCUGGUGGAUCUGGACAGUUACUGCGCCGUCCAGUGUUCUCGCCGGACCCAGCAGGACGAUCCGGUGGACGACAAUUUACUGAAAGACCCGGCGGAGGAGAAGGUUCCGGUGAAGCCGGGUUCCGGCGACAUUCCGCUGCCGCCCCGGGGCGACGGCGCCGUGCUGCAGCGCCUCCUGGAGGAGGUGAAGGCGGCGCGGCGCGACGCCGGGAAGCAGCUGACGGAGAAGAAGAAGUACAAACGCUGGGCGGAGGUCUUCGACCACGUCUUCUUUGUGGUUUACUUCAUCACCGUGACAGUUUUCCUCAUGGUCAUGUACAUCACCUGGAUGAGGAACCUGGGCUGAGUUGGACUGGACUGGACUGGACUGGACUGGACUGGACCGGACUGGACCGGACUGGACCGGACUGGACUAAACUGGACUGGAGUGAAUCGGAGCAGACUGGACUGGACUAGAACAGAUCGGACUGGACCAGACCACACUAGAUCAGAUCAUAUCAGACUGGACUGGAAUAGACUGGACUAGACUGGAUCAAACUGGAAUGGACUGGAUCACACUGCACUGGACCUCCUUGGACUGGACUGGACUGGACUGGAGUGGAUCGAACGCGACUGGACUUGAUCAGACUGCACUGGACUGGACUGGACUAGUCUGGACUGGACUGGAGUGGACUGGACCGGACUAAACUGGACCAGAUCGGAUCAAACUGGACUGCACUGGACUGGACCGGAUCAGAAUGGACUCGACGGGACUUGACUAAACCAGACUGAACUGGAUCAGAUCAGACUGGACUGGACUGGAUCAGACUGCACUGGACUGGAUCGGACUGGACUGGAUCAAGGCCUCAGUAUGCUUCCCCGUCGCAGCGACGUCGUUCUUACGCUGGCAACCCUACGCCGCCACUGAACAUAUCUUGCUUCUUUGUCAAGGGAACGCCCUC